GACCGAGUGAAGUAGUUCGAAUCAAAAACGAGAGAUUCUCAAGGCCGAGUGAUGGAUCUGAGACCGGAAACCGAUGGACACACUCUAACGGUGAAGGUUGUCAGCUCUGAACUUGUGAAGACUAUCUACAGCAGCAAUAGCGGUGAAUUGUUGUCCCGCACCGCUGAAUGCCUUGUUGGAGACGAAACUGGAACCAUAAUCUUCACUGCUCGCAACGAACAGGUGGACCUCAUGAAACCUGGUGCAACAGUAAUUCUGGAUAAUGCUAAGAUUGACAUGUUCAAGGGACGUAUGAGGCUGGUAGUUGACAGGCGGGGAGAUAUAGAGGUCGCAAAACCUGCAAAUUUUGAAGUUAGAGAGGAUAACAAUCUUUCAUUAGAUAGAUAUUUUGGUACAUUGAUGAUAAAUGAUAAGUGGUACGGGCUGUAGCUUCUGAAGCGAAAUCUUUCGAAUUUUUCAACAAGUUCCAGUUUUUAGUUUGAUCAUUGAACAAUUGACUGAUGUGCAGGUUAUUAUAUGGUACAAUCUUUGCUUAUUUUUAGUCUUAAGAUUGCUGUGGUUGAUGCUAAGAUUGACA